UUUCCCCAGGAAAUUGACAGAGAGAAAAAAAUUUAACUCCUUGGAAUUCUCUGUUCUUCGCUUUGCUCGUGUCCCAAUCGGGCAAGAAAUAAUUUCUAUCUCUGAUCAACGAGCCCAGAAGGAAACGCGUCUCUCUCUCUCUCUUUCUGGAAUCGUGGACUUUGCCCUCUCGUGAAAUCUAGGGAUUUCUGUUUCUUUGUUGUUUCGGAAGUCCUAUCGCUGUCGUUUCUGGGGUUCUUCCUUUGGGUUGUUGUUCUUCGUGUUGUCUGGCUAUAAUGGGUAAUUGGAGAAGACAACGGGGAAGAAGCAAUUACAAUCAGCCAGAGAUUAUGCAACAGCAAGGGACACGAUCAAAGCCGCCUCUUUCUAACUGGAAACGAUCUGUUCCGGCAUGGGAGAAGAACUUCUGCUCCACGGUUGGGCUGGUCCCGUGGGGGAAGGUGCUGGAAGCAAAGCAGUCAAUGUACCUUUACGAAAACGUGGCGAAGUGGAACGACUCAGCGGGUGAAGAGGCCUUCAAGAACGCUAAAGCCCGGUUCUGGGCCGAGAUCAAUGGCCUUCCUUGCGACAUCUCGUUGCCUGAUCCAGACAUCUACAUUGAUGAUGUCGACUGGAAUGCAGAAGUUGACCCCGAGCUUAUUCUGGACUUGGAACAUGACACAAACCCUGCCGGGGAAACAACAGAAGGAGAACAUGUUGUGAUUCUGGACACUUCUCUUCUGCGUGAUCAGUAUACACUUGGGUGGGGAACCGGAUGGGGAGAUGAAGAUGCUGAGGGCAUUAACAAGACUGUUGACACUGAACAACAAACAGGCCAUCAUGGUUGGAACACGGGCAUACCAGAAAGCUCGUGGGGUCAGAAUCACGAUGGAUGGAAUGACGAUACUUGGAGAGGAGGGAAAACCGAUUCAUGGGAUCAGAAUCACGAUGGGUGGAAUGACGAUUCGUGGAGAGGAGGGAAAACCGGUUCAUGGGAUCAGAAUCACGAUGGAUGGAAUGACGAUUCUUGGGGAAAAGGGAAAGCCGAUUCAUGGGAUCAGAACGACAAUGGAUGGAAUGAUGAUUCUUGGGGAAAAGGGAAGACCGAUUCAUGCGAUCAGAAUCAUGACAGGUGGAAGGACGAUUCUUGGGGAAAAGGGAAAACCGAAUCAUGGGAUCAUACGAACAGCAGCAACUCCCAUCGCAGGAACGUGAACAGCGGAGAUGGGGGGAGGAGGAAGAGAGCAGAAGGGCAGGAGGGGUGGUGGGGGAAAGACGGGCACAAGUCCUGGAGAGUUCACAGGGAAGACAAUGUGGAGGAUUGCCGCCGGAGGAACGGAAGAGGGAGGAGGAGAGGCAGCUUUCAGAACCAUUCCAACAGCCGGUUCUGGACAGAGACCUUCUGAAUGACAGAGAGUAUUCUAAGCAGAAGAUGAUAUAGUUUGGCAGUAGGUAUGAGUGAGAAUAUAUAUAUAUUAUAUAUAUAUAGAUGAUAGCUGUCAUGUCUAUGGUGAUGAUGACUCAAAUUGUUUUGCCCACAUUCAACUUCCCUUGCAGUAGUAGCAAGUGAACAUUUUGAUAAAUUCGAAUCGUUUCAGCA